AUGUCGACACGGAGGAGGAAACGGAGGAGAGAUAGGGAGAGCGGCGAAGGGGCAGGCCAUCAUCCCCUCGUUGUCGUUGCUGUCAUCGUCGUAGGAGAAGGAGGAGGAGUCCACGGCGAUGGGCCUUGCGAUGCAGAUGGGAAUGCGGGGGCCAAGGUGCAAGCAACGGUAAAGACAGCGCCGUCCCCGACGAGGCGUAAAUCGGCGAAAAAGCGUACGGCAGCCGCGAGGCUUGUCCACCAGCGCAAUCUUGCUGUGAAGAGGCGCAGCGUUGACGAUGUUCGCUCGGAUGACGAGGCAAAGAAUGGAGGCGGGGUCUGGAAGACAAGAGAGGCCACCUAUGCCCUCCCGUGUCAGGCCGUGGUUCUGGGUGAUGUGGUUUCAGACCAGACAGAUGGGACGUUUCCCCCUUGUCUCCCUCCCUCGCACGUCGAACCUCUUGAGCUCGAAGAAGCACUCGUAACCACCUUCACAUUUGACGUCUGGAUGCAAGCCUCGCCAACUGACAUCAGCUCGAGCUUACCUUCGCCCUCCACCAAGCUCUGCUCCCAACCAUUGAAACCUCGUCCCUCCAUCCCCGUCCCUAUUCCUCACAGACACUGCGCCAUUGCUGGCUGCGAAGUGGGUGAGGUCAUGUUACGGAUCUUGCGGCACGACCUCUCAGUUCGACCCCAUCCCACCGCCCCAUCCCACCACGGACCCGUCGACCUCGACUACAUAUACAAUGCCGCGAACGGUGAAACACCACACGGCCUCCUGCCCUCGAGUACGACUUGCUAG